GAGGGGGUCUGCCAAAUCUAAACAUGCUCUUCGUCUCUGCGCACCUGCUUCUUUGACUCUGCUCGCUCUUCUCGCCUCUCUCGAUUUCCAUCCCUCUUCCGGCAAUCUAUUGUGCACCCAAUGUCUUUUGAUCUGAACGAGACACAUUCAUCAGUUAUUAGAGAGUUCUCUUUCAUGAACCGAGGGAGACUCUGGUUCUCGUGGAGAGUGUUUUUCCGGCACUGGACUUGACACUCUUUGAGUCCUUUUUCUCUAGGGUUGUUGUUUAUAAACUUGUUUUCGUUCUCUCUUUUUUUCUGUACUCCGAACUUCAUAUAAUUUUUAGUGUGUGAAAAGCAGUAUUCAUUGGGAGAGGGUUGAAUUGCUAUUAUUUGCCUCACGUCUUGUGAGGAAUUUGGACUUUGGGGAGGAUCAUUCUUAUAUAUUGGGGACUUUUCAUCUGGAUUCUGUGAUGGGGAAAUCAUCUUUGCCUCCUGGGUUUCGGUUUAAUCCUACUGAUGUUGAGUUGGUACAAUACUAUUUGAAGAGGAAGAUAAUGGGAAAGAAACUCCAUGUUAAGGUUGUUGCUGAGGUGGACAUAUACAAAUGGGCUCCUUGGGAUCUUCCAGACAAAUCUUGUUGGCGAAGUGGAGAUUUGAAAUGGUACUUCUUUUGUCCUAGAGAGAAGAAAUAUGCAAGCGGAGGUAGAGUGAAUCGUGCAACUGACUGUGGUUACUGGAAGACCACGGGGAAGGAUAGAUCUGUUCUUUACAAUAGUGAAGUUGUUGGGUGGAUAAAAACAUUAAUUUUUCACGGUGGUCGAGCUCCACGAGGAGAGCGCACAAACUGGGUUUUACAUGAGUAUAGGCUUGAAGAUAAGAACCUGGCUGAGAAGGGUGUCGCUCAGGAUUCUCAUGUGCUCUGUUUAAUUUUCCAAAAGGAUGGGAUAGGACCAAAAAGUUCUAAACAAUAUGGUGCACCUUUCAAAGAAGAAGACUGGACUGAUGAUGAGGUUGAAACAGACAUUUCACAUGUAAACAUUUCUGAGACCAACCUUGUUCAUACAAACAUGCUUGAGCCAGAGCCAAAUCUUACUCAUUCAUAUACCCCUGAGCCAGACAUUGUUCAGGCAAACAUGCAUGAUCAAGUGCUUGUUAAUACAAACAUCACUGAGCCCCAUCUUGUUUAUGGAAACAUGCCCGACCCAUACGUUGUUUAUCCAAAUAUGCCUCAGUCAGACUUUUCUUAUGCAAACAUGUCUGAGCCAUACCUUGCCCUUCCCAGCAACCAUAAUAGUUCUAUUACUCGCACCAAUUCCCAUGAGUCAUGUGUUUCUGAUAUCUUGCCACCUUCUGGCAAUGUCCUCCAGUCUGUGUGUAGUAAUUAUGAAACAACAGAUCAUGUUUCACCUGAUGAAGAUAUCUUGUCGAUGCUUAAUUGCUUUACAGAAGACGGAACUUUCUCCAUGGAUCACAUUGACAAAAAUGAGAAGCUGGAGACUCUCAUUUAUUCUGGAGAUGCUAAUCCUAUAGCUGGUGUCGGAAAACAUGAUGAUACUAAUAAAGAUCUGGGAGGAUUGAGCAAAGAUGGAUAUAUUUUCCCCAAUGGAGCUAUUUCUGGAGCUUCAAGUGAGAAUGAGCCAUAUCUGGAGCUAUUUGAUCUCGAUAUUGAAUGGUGAUAAUUCGCUGUUUCCAAUGAUUAGUCCACCUCGGACUUUUGGUGGAGAUACACCUUAUGAAGAAGACUCAUUCUUUCCAUGGAGAAAUGACUUAUGAAGACAGGAUGUGUUAAAUAAUGUGAAUAGAAAAUAUCAUUGCUCCAACAUUAAGUUUAUGAAUUUGACUUGCUUGACAUUCUUAUUAUUUCUAUUGACAUUGAUGUUUUUGUUAUUGAGUUUAAUCUAUGAAAAAUGCUUCUGUUU